GUUUCAGAUAUGGCGCAACUCAAUGCAUAGGAGUGAAAAGGAUAAACGGUAUGAUAGACAGUUGAGGCUAUGGGGUGAUCAUGGGCAGUUUGCACUUGAGUAUGCUAAGGUGUGUCUUUUGAGAGCUGAAGGUUUGGGGGCAGAAAUAUUGAAAAAUUUAGUACUUCCAGGCGUCGGCAGCUUCACAAUUAUUGAUGAUUCCUAUGUAACUGAUAAAGAUUUAGGAAGCAAUUUCUUCGUUACAGAAAAUCAUAUUGGAAAGGUAGUUACACCACAUUCCAUUGCAAAAAACUUCUCAGGCAAGGGCGCAGGUUGUAACAGAGUCUUUAAUGGAACUAAACGACGAAGUCAAUGGAAAUUACUUGAUCGAGGAUGUUCGCGAUUUGUUAGAGAAGGACCCUCAAAUUUUCUUAUCCUUUGAUGUUGUUAUCGUAACAGAUGCCAGAGAAAAACUACUAAUUCGUCUCAGUCAGCUUCUGAGUGGUACUUCUAUCACUUUGGUGGUAUGCUUCAGCAUUGGUGUCAUUGGAUAUUUAAGAAUCUGCCCUCCUGAACAUGUGAUAGUCGAAUCACAUCCAGAUUCCUAUUGCCCUGAUCUAAGACUUGAUCGACCAUUUCCUGAUUUCGUUAAAAUGGUAAACGAAGAACCGUUAGAAGAAAUGACAUCUGAAAAGCUUUGCCAUACACCGUGGCUCAUAAUUGUUUAUGUUUUUCUGCAGAAGUUUAUUUCUGUACACGGUCAUUUCCCAAGAAACCAUAAAGAAAAGGCAGAGAUUAAAGAUAUGAUUUCUAAAGGUGCAGUUGAACUUUGGAGUCAAUUACGUAAACGUGAGAAUAACCUGGAUUCAUCCUUCGUCUUGGAGAAUUUUCAAGAAGCAUGUCAGGCAGUCAAUACAGCAGUUCUACCGACCACAAUUCCUGAAAAUGUGAAGAAGUUACUCGAGGAUGACCGCUGUAAUGAUCCCUGUGUUACAAAUAUUGGUAUUUCGGGAUCCAGUAGUUCAAAUCUGAAGUGUCCUACCAAGAACCACCAACAAUUACACAGAAAGGAUUCUGUUUACACAACUAUUUCAUCUGUGAAAUUCUGGCGUCUAGUUCGUGCUUUACGAGAUUUUAUUGAACAUGAAGGUGAAGGACAACUACCUGUACGUGGUAGUCUACCAGAUAUGAUAUCUGAUUCGAAGCGUUAUUUACAGCUUUUAACUAUUUAUCGUGAACGUUCUGAAUGGGCAGUGGAACGUCUUGCCUCAAGAUUAUUGCAAUUUCCUGAUAUUUGUGUAGACGACGUACGUCUUUUUGUUAAAAAUGCAAGCUUCUUGAAUGUUAUACGUUGUCGGUCAUUAGAAGAGGAAAUGAAACUUUCACCAGCGCGUUCAGACGAUCUUACUUUACUCCCAACACACAAAGAAAAUGACUCCAUGUUGUGGUAUUUAGUUCUUCGAGGUGCUAGUAGUUUUCUGAUGGAAACUGGACGGUGGCCUGGUAGCUCACAGCCUUAUACUACAACAUUUAAAUUCAGUUCUAAAAACCAAAAUCCAAACUCAACUGGUAUUCCAGUGCCUUGUGAAGAACGAUUCUCCUCUACAAAUUCUGAACAUUUAGACAUGAACAUAAUUGAAUCUGACUUACCAACGUUACGGAUACACUUAAAUCGUGUUCUUCAGUCGUUUGGGAUUGCAUCAAAUCGUGUUAGCACAGAUUAUUUGGAGGAAAUGUGUCAGUUCCGUGGUAAUGAGCUACAUUCAGUGGUUGCAUUUAUGGGUGGAGUUGUAGCACAAGAAGUUAUCAAAUUAAUCACACACCAGUUUAUCCCAAUAUCGAAGCCGUUGAUAUAUAAUGCUAUUCACCAAAAAGUAGAAUUGUUGGAUUUUUGAUGAACAUUGUUGCUCAUAUAUGAGUUGAGUAUAUGCAUGAUAAAUAAAUGUUAUUUUCCAA